UCAGUAAUACUGGAUGCACCCGUUCGCUGGUUGUUGUAGCAACCAGAGCAUCCGCCUUUCGUGUAAUAAUCACAGCAAGGGGAAAUCGGAUGACUUAGUUCGUAUUUUAUAUGGAAUACGAGUUAAAUCAGUGACAUGGGCGGAUGUGUUUAUGCUGCAGUUAUCUUAUUUGUACUUUUUGCUACCUUACCGUAGCUACUACGCACAUUUGAAUUGCCGAAAAACUGCAUUUCCCGUCCAGGACUAAUACCGUAGUUGUUCUGAAUUGUUGUCUAGCUACACUUUAUUCAACCAUGUCGGCGGUCAGUAGCCUUGUCCCCGCACGAUUUCUCACCAUCAUAGCUCACCUCGUCAUCGUGAUCACAAUCUUUUGGUCGAGGGAAAAUAAUGUGAAAGCUUGUUUGCCUUUGGAUUUCACACAGGAGCAGUAUGACACUGAGGACAGACAGUUGGUGGUGGCGUUAUCAGUGACUCUCGGUCUGUUUGCUAUAGAGCUGGCUGGUUUCUUUUCAGGAGUGUCCAUGUUCAACUGCAGCCAAGGCCUCCUUUCAACAGGAGUCCAUGCCAGUGCCUCAGUGGCUCUGCUUUUCUUUCUGUUUGAGCAGUGGGAGUGUCACAUCUACUGGUGGAUCCUCGCCAUCUGCAGUGUUCUACCUGCUUUAGUGGAGAUUCUUCUGUUCAUAGCCGUUUUUGGACUGAAGAAAAAGCCUUUAUGAAAGAAAGUCCGGAUGCAAGAUGGUGCAAACCGAGUGUGGAUGUAGACAUCUGUCUGACAUCUAAGAGAUAUACUGUAGCUACAGAAAAAGAGUGGAUACCAGACAUAUAUCGGUACAAAACACCAACAGUAAGGGAUGCAUAAAACACGCUUUUCAAAAUGUUUUUUAAUCUAUUUUUAUAUAUUUUGAAUAAAGUUGAUGCACCAUACGUUUUUACCUUAUGUCUAUUUUUUGUAUGUUGGAAUUAGAGUUUUUCGUUUAUAUAGUGUGUUUGUAUUGUUAGUUAGUCUGUAAAAGUAAAUAAAGCUUGUAAUUGUUUUGUUGCUU